AUGAACGGUUAUAGUGUAAAACAACGUGUGCGUACAAUUACAUUUUAUUACCAAAAUCAGUGCUCCGUUAGAGAAACUUUCCACGAUUUUUAUCCUCGACACAACCGUCCUGCUGAGUCGACUAUUCGACGUUUGGUAGCCAAAUUCGAGUCAACUGGUUCAAUAAAUUAUCAGCCAACACCCAUACGUCAACGAAAUGCAAGAUCCAUUGAGGACAUCGCUGCUGUGCGUGAUAGUGUACGGGAAAACCCAAGACAGUCAGUUUCUCGUCUUUCACAAGAACUUGGGCUUUCUGCUACUUUAACUUGUCGAAUUUCGAGUCAAGACUUGAGUCUGCAUAAGUAUAAAAUCCAACAAACACAAGCACUUAAGGUAAACGACCAUACACAACGCCGUGUAUUCGCUGAUUGGGUUCUGGGGCAGUUAGCAGUUGAUCCAAACUUCGAUCAAAAAAAUCAGUCACUGUUUGCUGCAGAUUUUGGUCUGGCGGAAUCAUUGGUCCGUACUUCUUUCAAAACGAAACAGGCUUUACCAUAA